CACCCAAUGGAAAUAGUUUAAAAAAUUUUUUUAUACAUAUUUGGACAAAAGACACACAAAAUUGACAUUUGAACGGAUCAGUCACAUGGGCGCAUGGUGUCUUAGUGGUUAGCAUGUUCGCCUCGCACCUCCAUGGUUGGGGUUCGAUUUACUCCGGUUUCCUCCCCCAAUCCAAAGGCAUGCAUGGUAGGCUGAUUGGCAUGUCCAAAGUGUCCGUAGUGUAUGAAUGGGUGUGCGAAUGUGUAUGUGAUUGUGCCCUGCGAUGGAUUGGCACCCCGUCCAGGAUGUACUUCACUUUGUGCCCGAUGGCUCCAGGUGACCCAGUAGGGUAAGCGGUAUAGAAAAUGGAUGGAUGGCUGGACAUCAGUCACAUGGAAAUAGUAAGUACACCCUUACAUUUUCAUAGAUUCAAAUCCAUAAAAUUAGAAUCAGGUGUUCUGUGAUUAGAAGCUGCUUAGUGAGUGCAGGUGGAACCUGUCUUAUUUAUACCCCUCUCAUAUCUAGUGUCUGGUGUUCUCUUUGCUAUUGUAGUGUGUGGUGUCAUUAUGCCAAGCUCUAAAAAGUUCUGCAAGGCCUUCAGAGAAAAGGUUGUGGAUGACUGAGUCUGGAAAGGAAUUUAAAAAGAUCUCCAAAUUAUUUUAAAUACUUCAUUCCACUGUAAGGAAAAUCCUCUACAAAUGGCUCAGAUUUCAGACAACAGCCAAUUUGUCCAGGACUGGCUGUCCCAGCAAAAUCAGCCCAAGAGCAGACCAUCUGAUGCAAAAAGAAGUCUCCAAGAACUCCAAGAAAAUUUCAUCACAGAAUCUGUUAACCCCUCAGGUUUUCCAAUUGAUCAGUAAGAAGAAGUCUCUGGCCACUGCAGCCCAAUUGCUGCUGAGGGGGGCAGAGAAGCUAAAUAAGUCUGUGGCGGAGAGUCAGGAGCAGUGGCGUCAGCGUGAUUUUAAUGCAGAACUACUACACCUGCGCUCACAGUGGAAGUUGCGCAAAGUUGGAGACAAAAUCCUUGGAGAUCUAAGCUACCGUAGUGCAGGGUCAUUGUUUACUCAUCAUGGCACCUUUGAGGUAAUUAAAAACACAGAUAUUGAUUUGGAUAAGAAAAUUCCAGAUGAUUACUGUCCACUCAAUGUCCAAAUUCCAAGUGACCUCGAGGGCUCUGCAUACAUUAAGGUCUCUAUUCAGAAACAGUCUGCUGAUAUAGGAGACCUGGGAACAGUCAAUCUAUUCAGGAAGCCACUCAAAGCCAAGCCAGGCUCCCAGGCAUGGCAUCUAAAGCUGGAAGCUGCUCAGAACGUGCUGCUAUGUAAGGAGAUAUUCACUCAGCUUUCCCGGGAGGCAGUGCAGAUAAAAUCCCACAUUCCACACAUUGUUGUCAAAAACCAGAUCAUCUCCCAGCCUUUUCCUGGACUUCAGCUCUCCAUCUCAUUGUGCCACUCUACUAUGGAUAAGAAGAACCAGAGAGCUUCACCAGACAAAACCAAACCAGAUGACCAUCUAUAUGUGCUAGAACACAACCUGCACCAACUUAUUAGAGAGUUCCAUAAACAGACCGUGAGCUCCUCUGUGAUGCCCCACCCUGCAAGUGCUCCAUUUGUUCCUAAGCGACUGCGGGUGGCUGGGCCAAUGGCUUAUGAUAAGUCAGAGAUCAGCUCACUACAGCAGAGUGAGGGCUUGCUGGAGAAAAUAGUCAAACAAGCCAAACACAUUUUCCUCAGGAGCAGGACCGCGCGAACCAUUGACAGCUUGGCAAGUCGUAUUGAGGAUCCUCAGAUUCAGGCACACUGGUCCAAUAUUAAUGAUGUUUACGAGUCCAGCGUCAAAGUGCUCAUCACGUCACAAGGCUAUGAGCAAAUCUGCAAAUCUAUCCAGCUACAGUUGAACAUUGGAGUGGAGCAGAUCAGAGUUGUGCACAGAGAUGGUCGUGUCAUCACACUUUCCCACCAAGAGCAAGAGCUGCAAGACUUUCUAUUGUCACAGAUGUCUCAGCACCAGGUACAUGCAGUACAGCAGCUGGCGAAGGUAAUGGGCUGGCACGUGCUAAGCUUCAGUAAUCAUGUAGGACUUGGUGCCAUUGAGAGCAUUGGCAAUGCCUCUGCCAUUACAGUAGCAUCACCAAAUGGAGCUUAUGCCAUUUCAGUGCGGAAUGGGCCUGAGAGUGGAUUUAAGGUUCUGGUUCAGUUUCCACGUUGCCAGGCUAAAGAUCUCCUGAAAAGUGACGUAUUGCAGGAUGGGAAAUGGAAUUAUUUGCGAGGACCAUAUAAGGAAGUGCACUGGAGCAAGAUGGAGGGCAGGAACUUCGUUUAUAAAAUGGAGCUUUUAAUGGCAGCACUUACACCUUAUCCUUAAAAAAAAGUGUCUGUGUCUAUACAUAUAUACAAUGUGUUUUUAGCUUUUAUCCUUAUAAGUAAUGAUUUUUCCUCUUGGGAUCCUGGCUGCUGUUGCAUUGUGUUUGUACUAGUUGCAUUUGAGUAACAGCAUUUGAAGGUGAACUGCUGGUCUCUCUGUGCAGCAAAUAUCUCUUAAAUGCCUACAAAUAAAUACAGUGUAUCCUCUAUGUGCAGACCAGUGGAAUGUUUUCCCCUUAUAUCAUUUAGUUGGAUUUCACACAGAAUAGGACUGCAUUGUUACUAGUUCCUUGUUUUAAGAAACUUAAUUGAGCGAAAAGGCUUAAGUGUUAUGAGCUGUACAGUGGAUACACCAUUUUAUUGCAGUUGUGUCUUGUGUACUUGUAAAACAAUAAAUAAAUUUCAGCUUUCCUUUCCUGA